AUGGCCACCAACUGCAGCUGCACGCUGUCGGCGCUGCGGGUGCUGAUGCGGGUCGAGCAGCUGGAAGGGUCGGCGGUGCCGCUGGAAAGGUCGCUGGAGCUGAUGGAGAGCAGCGAGGUGGGCUGCAUGACGGUGCUGAACUGCGAGCGGUGCCGGCAGCACCGGUUCUCGCUGGCCAGCGUGACGGUGCUCAGCGCGUGCAUAAUCGAGUGGGUGCGGCGCACGUGGCUGGGCGACGACGGCAGCGCGUGUGCGGCGCGGAUAUCGCUGGGAAAUUACGACCUGGAUCCCACCGACGCCGAGAUGCUGAGUCGCGAGCUGAUGGCCCUGCAGCUCUCCCACUUCUCCAAGGUCAUGGCGCUGCUCAAGGCCGCCCUCGGCACGCUGGAAGCGGGCGGGCCGGCGGAAUCCUUCCUCGACAUUGUCCAUGCGAACCUCCAACAGCUGCGGGAUUACACGCAGCGAAUCAGGGCCCUGGCGGCGGCGUCGGACUGA